AUGCCCUCCACGUCGCCUCCCUGUGCUUAUAACUACGUCGACCGAAACCCUAGCCCCCACCUCGUCCAGCCCCUCCUGGAUCCCCCUUCGCCCCGCUCCUCAUCUGCUCGUUUUCGAGCUCGAAAGCUCUACGGUCACCAUUGUCUCACCCUUGUUACCGCGGCUACCGUCCUCGCCGUCCCUCAGGAGCACGUCCAGGAGGCUGCUGCUGCCGCACGAGCUGUUCUUGACCGCACGCCCGCCUACGCCUCUGACCGCGCGUCGCAGAACCCCUGCUCCUCGUGCCGCCGCCCCCUGCUGCUAGAGCGCGCGCCCGCGCCGUUUCGUGCCCCCCCGCGCCUCCCCCGCCGCCUACCGCUGCUCGCCUGCCGGCGUUCUCCGCCGCCGUCGCCCCCAACCGCGCCCCGCCUCCAUCACCGAGCCGCCGCGGCCGCCUCUGCUUCGCCUCCGCCGCUCCGCGACCGGCUCCCCCGGGGCUCGGCCUCUGCCCCGCGGUGCCGCGCCCCGCACCUGGCCAUGCCCGCAGCCACCUGGCUCGCCGCCGUCCUGCGCCCCGCCGGGGACCGCCCUUGCCCCGCGGCCAUCCCCUGUGCCCGGGCGGGCUUUGCCCCGCACACGCCCGCUACACUGCCCCCUGUUUUGGCCCCCGGGCCACUGACCCAGGGGCCCCACGCCCCUUUUUCAAAAAAAUAA